CUUGAAUGUCGACUCCGCGUGACGCACUGCAACUGUUGAGAUCUAGACACGACUGCCGCGGAGGGGGAUUCGAUUCCAACCAGCUCUAUAUUCUUUACAUCAUGACAUGUUGCUGGCAGGUCAAAUGGCCACGAUUUGAUUGGCUAACUUCCUCACCAGCAAACGUCCUUAGCGUUCACUCUAUGACUUCAGCUUUUGUCCAGUGCGAUUCCAGCCUUUUUCUAAUGUCUAAUCAUUGGUUCCUUCGUGCCCGCCGUGUCAUCAUAUAUAAGCUCCCUCGCUCCCAUAAUUUCUUCACUACCUUCGUUGGCCACCCAUUCAACCAUUAACCAGCCAUGACCUCAACUCACCAGGUGUCUGCCAGCACCACCACAACUACGAUUCCCCUACCAAACAGAGAUGCUAUGUCUGGCAGUUUGGUCAACAAAGCGCCACCAGUGUGGUCACUGGAAUCUAACGGAACCUUGACUCCACUCACCGACAAAUGCGAUAGACUUAGCCGCCAGGAUGGUAUCUGUUGCAAGGAACUCAAGGGCGAAGACGACAGACUUCUGAUAGAUCCUGAUGUUAUCCGUGACAUCAUUAUUGGAUUGUCGGAUGGCCUGACUGUUCCCUUCGCGCUGACAGCUGGUUUGUCUGGCUUAGGGAAUUCAAGACUAGUUGUUGUCGGCGGCCUUGCAGAACUCAUUGCCGGUGCCAUAUCAAUGGGAAUAGGUGGCUUCCUUGCAUCCCAGGCUGAGCGGGACCAUUAUCGGUUCUUGCGACGUCAUACCCACUCACGGGUGAUGCGGAGUUGCAUUGGGGAAAUGGAGAGAGAGGUACACGCUGUUUUGGGUCCCGUCGGUGUCGAUGAACCAACCUCCCAUGCUGUCGCGAAUUGCCUGCGGAAAAUAGAGGAUGAGCCCGGGUUUGACGGAAGUAAACCCGCACCUACUGACGAGGAGAAACUAUCGCGGGGGAUGAAGAGCGACUCUGGGCUAACACCUUUCUUACUGAAAUUUGGAGAGGGGAUGGAGGAAGUUCCGACUCGCCGACUAUACAUCUCCGCGUUCACUAUCGGCAUGGGAUACCUCCUUGGCGGUAUCAUCCCCCUUCUCCCGUAUUUCUUCAUAUCUGAAGCGAUUGAAGCAUUAAAAUAUUCUUGCAUAAUGACUGGGAUAGUUCUUCUCAUAUUUGGUGCCGUAAAAGGUCGAGUCACGGGAGCAGCGAGGAAUAUCUGGGGAUACAUUUGGGCAGCAGUCAGUACGAUGGCUGUUGGCGGAUUUGCUGCCGCUGCAGCCUACGGGUUGGUUACCGCGGUGGAAAGAUCAUCUAUAUCGUAGCAGCGUUUGGUCGCGCCAGUCCCCGACUCCAUUGUUCCACAUGAUUAUUUAGCUCAUUUGAAUUGUGUAUCGACUUCAAAAUAGUAGACAAUGCGCCCUACGCCCUACCUCAUUACGAA